AUGAAUGCGUCGCGCACACUCGGGUUCAAUGACUCCAGGGGUAGAUUAAUCAUAUGUUUAUCUAUUGCUUCUUCAGAUGACGUUACAUACCCUCCCACCGAGUGGUUUGAGGGCAACUGCUCGUGGGUGGAUGCGGUUUCCUGGGGCUGUAACGGCACUAACAGCACGAGUAAUAACGCGACCUCCUCCGACGUUACGUCGCUCGUCCUCAUGGCGGUCACAUCCGUGGUCCUCGCUCUCAUCAUCCUGGCUACGAUUGUUGGCAACGUAUUCGUGAUAGCAGCUAUCAUCAUAGAAAGAAACUUACAAAACGUCGCCAACUACCUAGUGGCGUCACUGGCUGUGGCUGAUUUGAUGGUGGCCUGCCUUGUAAUGCCUUUGGGAGCCGUGUAUGAGGUUAGUCAAGGCUGGAUACUUGGUCCGGAACUGUGUGAUAUGUGGACGUCCAGUGAUGUACUGUGCAGCUCCGCAUCUAUACUUCAUCUAGUCGCUAUAGCUACUGAUAGAUAUUGGGCUGUUACUGACGUAGACUACAUACACAUACGAAACGAGAGGCGAAUUUUCACAAUGAUCUUCCUAGUUUGGGGUGCCGCCUUAGUCGUUUCUCUAGCUCCACAAUUAGGAUGGAAAGAUCCUGACUAUCUUGCGAGAAUCACACAGCAACAGAAGUGCCUCGUCAGCCAAGAUCUCGCAUACCAGAUAUUUGCAACGUGUUCUACCUUCUACGUCCCACUUGCCGUCAUUUUGAUCCUUUAUUGGAAAAUAUUUCAAACAGCAAGAAGACGAAUACGACGAAGACGAGACCUUCCUCCCCCGCGUCCAACAUCUGCUGAUGGUGCUCCACCGUCCGGCAGACCAAUCCAGUCAGCGAGAGAUAGAAGAUUUGUUAAGAAACGUUUCCUUAAUUUAAAGAAAUGUAAUCAACGAACUAGAGCAGAAACGAUAGCUGCUGCUCUAUUAUUGACAGAAGGACAAAGCACUUCAACGGUGGAUACAUUAGAUGAAGAACCUCGCACAACAGCAUUCACUAUUAAUGAAAAAGGUGUAGCACCUCCUCCUGUGUCACCAGAAAAAUCUUCUUCGACCGCUACAAAUGGGUCAAAACAGGAACGGACUAUCGUUCCUGCCCUUUCUCAUAGAGAGAAAAAAGAAUCCCUCGAAGCAAAACGGGAAAGAAAAGCAGCUAAAACACUUGCAAUUAUAACAGGGGCAUUUGUUUUCUGCUGGCUGCCAUUUUUUAUAAUGGCUUUAGUAAUGCCGAUUUGUCAAUCAUGUGUGAUCAGCGACUAUCUCGCAAGUUUUUUCCUUUGGCUCGGCUAUUUUAACUCCACUCUUAAUCCUGUUAUCUAUACUAUAUUUAGUCCAGACUUUCGCCAGGCAUUUGCCCGUAUCCUUUUCGGUACUCACCGGCGAGGUCGUAAUAAAAAAUUCUAA